AGGCAUGGUGACGGGAGGAAUUUGCUGUGCGACUCCGCGAGGCACCGCGUUUUUUUAAGGGCUCCUGUCCGCUUACUUUGACUACCUCUGACACGCGAUCGACCCCUGGGGUGCGCACACAGCUCAUUCCAAAUUUGACUCCUCCAGAAUCUGCCGAAGGAAAUCCAUGCCAAAUACUUCCAUGCGCUUCCACCAAUUAAUAAUCUAUAUAGCGCUGAAAAGGCUGUUCAAUCAUCUCCAUCCCAUUCCUCUUUUCAUUCGACCUCCACCCAUUCUUCAUUCUAGCUUACACCAGGCCUACCUCAGCGGACAGUGGCGCUUACCAGCAACUCGAAACCAGGACGAAGGAGUCACCAGCAUACGGGCGAAAGCGAAGAAACACUCGAAAUAAACAGGACCGGACAAGGAAAAGAAACAUGGCCUCCAAUCUCACCGCAGAAGAACACAAGCUAAAGGGAAAUGAAUUCUUCAAGGCAAUGGCUUACGACGAUGCCAUUCAUGAGUACUCAACUGCCAUUGUCAAGGAUCCCAAGAUGGCAACGUAUUAUUGCAACAGGGCGAAUUGCUAUCUCAAGCUUGGAAAAUACACAAAGGUGAUAGCUGAUUGUGAGAGGGUUAUUGAACUGGAUCCCAAGUCAGUGAAAGGAUAUUUUUUCAUGGGCAAAGCGCAACUGGAACUUGGACGACCAUCAGAAGCAUAUCCUCCGUUGAAAAAAUCAUAUGAGUUGGCGUUAGAAUCUCGCGCUACAUUCAUCAAGGACAUUGUCGCGGUCAUCUCAGAGGCAAAGAAACAGAAAUGGCUUGAGGAGGAACGAAGGAAACUUUCAGAGGUCUCGGAAGUAUAUCGUUACCUCUCUAAUCUCGUGGAGCAGGACAUUCAGCGCCAGAUGGACGCCCAUGACAAGAACGCGAGUGAUUACGAAGACAUCGCAGCGGACCUUCGAUCAGACAGAGACUACCGUCUGCGACAGCUCGAGACACUGAUGCAACGUGCAGGGUCGCCCGAUGAAUACGCGAGGCCCUAUCUCCAACCUAAGGGUCAAUCGGCACUGGCAUCCCCAGAAGCAUCGCCCGAUCUCUCAGAAACGAAAAAUCCUCAAGCUCAGCUUCCAUUUCAGGUCAGGGAGGUCCCUGACUAUCUUCUGGACAAAAUCACCUUCGAAAUCAUGCACGAUCCUGUCAUCUCCACAAAGUCUGGUAUCAGCUAUGAGCGGUCCACUCUUCUGGAACACUUUAGUCAUGGACGCAUGUUUGAUCCCGUCGCACAAAUGCCGCUCACAGAGCGGGACGUGGUUCCUAACCGGGCACUCAAAGAAGCCUGCGAAGACUAUUUGUCCAAGAACGGAUGGGCUGUUGACUACUAAAUACAAGCUCCUUGAUGACCUUUAAAGCCCUUUCCUUAAAACUAGAUGAAUCUCAUCGUAUUCUGCGUAAUCCUCUUAUUUUCAUUCCUCACUUUUCUCGAUCUC